AUGGAUUUCUUGGUGAAAGUUGCGGAUAAAGUGUUUCCGGAAUUCAAGCUUAUGUGGUUAGUAGAUGAGGUCAAAAAGAACCUACCGCAUGAACUUGACUUCAUAAUGGAAGCAAAGAAUGGUGAUCGAUUAGCGGAAAUGUUCAAACACCUCAAAUUCCUGAAGGUACCAAAAAUGUUUUAUGAGUACAGUACACCUCGGCUCCUUGUUAUGGAAUUUUGUGAAGGAGAACAUAUAGACAACAUCGAUUACAUGAUCAGAAACAAGAUCAAUCGUCCUGAUGUUUGUCGGAAAAUGGGUCGGCUGUAUUCUGAGAUGAUCUUCAUUAACGGCUAUCUCCAUGCCGAUCCUCAUCCGGGUAACGUACUCGUAAACAAGAAACCUAAUGGCGAUGUUGACAUCGUGUUGCUCGAUCAUGGUCUUUAUUUAGACAUCGAUGACCAUUUUAGGGGACUCUACGCUGAUUUGUGGCUCGCACUUUUAGCUCCAGAUCCAGAUAAACUCAGAAGUGUCGCGACUGAGAUGGGUGUUGGUGAGCUCUACGGCUUGUUUGCAUGCAUUGUUGCUCGGAGAUCAUGGAAGGCUGUGUCACAAGGCAUUAAAAAUAGAAAAAUGGAUAACAAUGAGAAGGACGAACUUCGCCUAUACGCAGCGUCACUCAUUCCCUCAGAUCAGCGAGGUUUUACACAGAAUGCCUCGCGAAAUGCUCCUCAUUCUGAAGACAAACGACUUACUCAGGAAUCUUGA